GUAUACAGACCUCUCAGCACUGCUCUGAACCUUGGAACUCCAUCCGUACCGGACACAGUGCCCAAUGGCUGCGUACUGUGAAUGUGCCUGUCACCAGCAUCUGUGGCUUCAGACCCUGCUUGGCUUCUGCCUGCUUCACCUUCAAGGCUGAACGCUGUGACUGACCUUUACCACUAACCUUCAACACAAACAAACUUAUUACUUCGCAAACAAAACCCCAACAUACUCAUCAGACGCGUGGUGAUAGAGACCAACCGCAAUGGCCGGCGAGGACAUUCGGACGUACUUCUCAAAACAGCAGGCAGCUCGCCCAGCACCCUCCAUCAUGUCCUCGACCAGCAAAAAGGACGCCAAACGGCCAGCGAGCUCUCCUCCAGAGGACUCAAAGGAGCCCCCAGCAGCUCGCCCAAAGACCACGCAAAACGAGCCUCCUCCAGAGGCCUCCGCACCAGGGGAUGCGCAACCAACGACUCUCAAGCUCACCUACCACGAAGGCGACAUCUUCGGCGCUCCCGACAACACCGUGCUCAUCCACGCAUGCAACACCCAAGGCUCUUGGGGCGCCGGAAUUGCAGCCGCCUUCCGCACCAAGUAUCCACAAGCCUAUAAAGCGUACCGCAACCACUGCCUCGCCCAGCACGACCCCAAGACGGACCCAGUGCGGACCGGUACAUGCCUCCUCAUUCCGCCGUGCGAAACAAAUCCCAAGACGGCAAAGCACUGGAUCGGCUGUCUGUUUACGAGCGCAAAAUACGGCAAGGCGAAGGACAAGCCGGCUGUUAUACUGCGGAAUACGGCGCCUGCGAUGAGGGAUUUGAUGAGGCAGGUUAGCGAGGCUCGUGAGCAGGAUGAAGACCAGCCCGUGGAGAGCUUCCGGAUGUGCAAGAUCAAUUCGGCGAGGUUUGGGGUGCCGUGGGAGAGGACGGAAGAGGUGCUUCAGGGCAUAGCCGUGGAGGAGGGAUGGCCGGAGAGCAUACAGGUCUGGAGCAUCGAGUGAUGGGAAACGAGGCAAAGUUUCUUGCUCUUUGAUUUUGUGGAUUAUUUUGGUGGGCUCAUCCUCGCUGGAGAGGAGAGCUCGUACGGUAUACCCAAUCCAUGGCUGAGAUCCGCGCAGAAAUGUCAGAAAGAAACUUCAGCUCGGGUCCAUGAC